AUGCGCCCGGAGUUGAAAAACACCUGGACUCCUGCAAUCAAUGUCUUGACCUGGUUUAUGCUGGUGACAGCUAUUCUGAGUGUCUUGACACGGUUGGGGACAAAAUACUUUAUUUUUCGCAAGUGGACAUUUGAUGAUGGCCUUGCUACUACUUCGUUGGUGUUCUGCAUCGCGCAGUCCAUUGCUGUCUCGAUGGCGACAAAUAAUGGACUUGGACAGCACCGCGACAUGCUAUCCGAUCUCCAACUUGAAAGCAUGAUGAAGGCUGAAUUCGCCGCGGUCAUUUUAUUUAUCGCCAGUAUUUGCUUCUCCAAGCUAUCGCUUUUGGUCUUCAUUCGCAACUUGACCCCCGCAUCCUUGGAUCGCCGCUUUGCGCUCGUGCUGGGAAUAUUUAUCGGGCUGUGGACUAUCGCCAGUAUUUUCUCGGCCGCAUUCCAAUGCGAUGUACCACAGACAUGGAAUUAUCUAUAUGGGAGUUGCUUCGACCGAGCUGCGUGGUGGAACUAUCUUGGUGUCACCAAUAUCUUAUCAGAAGCCGGGAUAAUGGGCCAAGCCCUGCUAGUUAUCGUUCGUAUACAGACCGAUCUUAGCAGAAAGGCUAGUUUGGCCAGUGUGUUCUUGAUCCGAGUUAUUGUAAUUAUUGCGAUUAUUUGCCAACUUGCUUACGCCAGUCAAAGUCGUUCCUCGACCGAUUCCACCUUUGAUGCCUGGGCCGUCCCAAUUUCUACUCAAGUCACUCAAACCUUGAGCAUUGUCACAGCCUGUUCCCCGCAGUUCAAGCCCUUCCUGGAUAAUCUCCGAUCAUCUGGAAUGGGGUUGGGUCUGACAAGUUCCAAUGGCCACGGCAGCAAACACAAGACAUAUGGCAUGAGCUCAUUCAAGAACUCUCGGCGCACUCAGGAUACUCGAAGCGAUACGCACGAACUAGUCUCAAUGCCGCAAGGGACACAUCGGACGAUAGUUACAUCUGUUCCGGACGACGAUGCUGAAAGCCAAUCCAGCCAAUCUAACAUAAUUAUGGAGACGCGGACCUGGACCGUGACUGGAGGAUUGCAAAGUUGA